UUUUCUUCAUAUACAUUACUCAACUAGCUUUUUUCACGCAGCUGCUCGCAUAUCUUCAACUUUGGUUUCAAUUCACAGCUAUGAAGUCAUAUGAGAUAUCUGGAACAACUUUAUCCGCUGCUUUAUUCACAGAUGUCUCUAAUUCCAAGGAACUUUUGGAGCAAAUGCAAUCUGGAACACUGGAACCUGAAGUAGCCCUUUUCAAUGCAUCUCUAAUCCCAGACAUCUUCCCCGUUCUAGCAGCUGCUCAUAAAACACUUGUCGCUAAAUCAAGGAAUUCAUUGACAACUCGUACUCUCCACUCUGAGCUUGUUUAUAACUACUCGGGCUCUAAACAUAUUUCUGAAUCAUUAAAACGUUGUGGUAUCUCCGAUAGCACACCAUAUGUUCUUGUUGUCCGUUUUGAUGCUACUGAUGAAGAGAUGAUUGCUAUGAAGACACUGAUCAAAGGCCAAGAAAUCGAUUUAGAAGAGUUGGAAGGAAGAGCAAACAAACCUCAAAUACAAAAGCACUACAAAAUAACUGCAGUGGAAUUGGGCAUAUCAACUCUAGGAGAUGCUAUAACAUGUCGAAUUGCUGCCCGUGAUGCUUUGUGAGGGUAUUCACUAGAUGAUUCUUCCCAUUUUCAUGAUGUUACUUUUUCCAACUUCAGCCUACGUUGGAUGCUCAUGGAAGCUUUGAGCAUGCGUACAAUGAUCUGUGAAAGCAAAUGACCUGCUUGGUGGACGGCAAAGUUUUCAUCCAUUGUAAGUGUUUUCUGGAACAUUUAACAAGAGUUGAGUUUGUGUAACAAUGAAGUUUUAAGUAGAAACGAGUUAUCCAUAGUCUGUCUUGUUAUUUAUUGUAAAAACCAUCUAUGACAAUCUGCUACAAAUGUUUUUUGUUCUCUCUUUA